AUGUCUAGUUCGACUAGUUCGAGUGAUGAAGAAGAUAUUGUUAUGUACUAUUGGUACAAAAGGAUGCAAACAAAAAAGAAAAGGAAAUAUUGGGUUCAUCCUUAUAUUGAGAAAAAUAUCAACUGCCGAACUUUUGUAGCUGCCAGAGAACUACAAGAAACCGAUGCAACAUUUUUGGCAUUUUAUAGGAUGUCUAGAGAGUCCUAUACAGAACUUGUAACAAUUAUUUCUCCUGCCAUUCAUCAGCAGAACACUCACCUGAGAGAAUGUGUGAGUCCAGAGGAACGGAUAUUAAUCACAUUAAGGUAA